AAAAAAAUCAAUUUUGAUAUAUUUAUCCAUCUCUAUCCACUAGGCCAGCACUCACAUUCAUAAAUAUUGCCAGUCCCCAUUUGCAGCUGGCAAUAUCUUCCCUACUCUUCUCCAUUUCUCUGAAUACUCAGUCUAAAAUCCUUCCCAUUUUUUAAAAGUUACUUAUCGUCAAUUUUGUAACUGAAACCCACGUAUUAUUUGCCGAGAUUCCCCCACCUCUGUUUGAUUUUCUUAAAAAGCCCACAGAAAAAUUGGCCCCAAGUUUCAGUUUUUCUGAAAAAAUUUGUGUUCUUUGUGAUGAUUGAUUAAUAUGGGUAAAUGGGUUUUUUUCUCACAUUUGUAAAUAAGUUAGUGUAAUUGGGUUGUUGGUUUUUUUUGCUGUUUGUGGGAAAGAUUUGAUUUUUUUUGUAUUGAAGAUGAAGCUGAGAUUGAGGUCACAGAGAGUGGUUCAGGACAGCUCUGUGGUGGCUGCUGAGGUUGAAACAGAUGACGCUUUGAAGCCGAGUUGUUGGGCUAAUAUGCCAUCAGAGCUGCUGAGGGAGGUUUUGAUUAAAAUUGAAGAAUCAGAAUCCAAAUGGCCGUUGAGAAAAAACGUGGUUGCGUGUGCUGGUGUGUGUAGAAGCUGGAGGGAAAUCAUGAAGGAAAUUGUCAAGACUCCUCAGAUUUCUGGGAAAAUCACUUUCCCUAUUUCAGUCAAACAGGUAUACUUUUCGUGUAAUUUCUAUUGAUUUCUUAGUGUGUUUUUGUUGUGGAUUCAAAUUGGCAAUAUGUGACAUAAUUGUGAUGCAGAAAGUCUUGAUUUUUCUUUUUUUACUGUGGGAUGAUAUUUUUAUGUCUUUUCAUGAUGGAGAAUAUGUGGAUGUUGGGUGUCUUUAGCUUUUCUUCUCUUAAUGAUUCAAAGUAAUGAGUUUUUUACGUAAGUGGGAUGCUUUGAGAGAGAGAAUCUUAUCAGGUGAAGAAUAUGAAAAAAAGAAGAUUCUGAAAACGCUUUUGGAGACAAAGGACUCAAAAUAUUGUUUUCAGGGCUAGGUGGUAUUUCUCAAAGUGAUGGUGGGGUAAAAUUCCUUGGAAAAGUUUGUUGAGCGUUAUUCCUUCACUUGUGCAAAACUUUACAUUUGCCCAUCUGAUUUGCCUGUUUUGGAAUCUGGUGACUGCGUGAUUGCUAUCCUGUGUAUUCUUAAAAAACCAUGUUAACCUGUGCAUGAGCUGAAAGAUGGAAUCUUGCCUUUCAUGAAAUGGUGUACCUGAUAAUCCUUUGUAUCUGUGAACAAUAUGCUUUUUAUCUAUUAUUGCUUAGUGUUGUCAUCACAAUAUGAAAUGGUCAGAGUUUUGGUUUUUCAGCCUGGUCCAAGAGAUUCUCUCGUCCAGUGUUUCAUCAAAAGGAACCAGUCUACCCAAACAUAUCAUUUGUACUUGAGUUUAAGUCAGGCGUUGGCAGAUGAUGGCAAGUUCCUUCUUGCUGCUCGUAGAUGUAGGCGACCUACAUGUACUGACUACGUCAUCACUCUACAAACAGAUGAAAUGUCUAAAGGAAACAAAACGUACAUCGGAAAAUUGAGGUCGAACUUUCUCGGAACCAAGUUUGUUGUAUAUGACGCUCUUCCACCCAAUGGCGUCACGACAAUGUCAAAAUGUCGCUCCACUAGGCUUGUGGGCUCAAAACAAUCAUUCCCUAGAGUCCUUGCUGGAAACUACCCUGUAGCUCACAUUUCAUACGAGUUGAACGUGUUAGGAGCUCGGGGUCCAAGGAGAAUGCAUUGCGUCAUGGAUCCAAUCCCGGCAACUUCAGUCAAACCGGGAGGUAUAGCCCCCAUACAGCUCGACUUUCCUGUUAACAAUGUCGAUUACUUCACAUUGUUUCGGUCAAGAUCAAGCCGGUCUGAGAAAUCCAUGUCUGGACCCUUGGAUGAUCGUCAAAGAGAAGAAUCCUUGGUUCUGCGAAACAAGUCCCCGAGAUGGCAUGAGCAGCUGCAGUGCUGGUGUCUGAAUUUUCACGGUCGGGUAACAGUUGCUUCAGUGAAGAACUUUCAGUUAGUUGCUUCGCCAGAGGGAGGUGAGGCAGGACCGGAACACGAGAAGGUCAUUCUCCAGUUUGGCAAAGUAGGCAAAGAUGUGUUCACGAUGGAUUACAGAUAUCCCAUAUCAGCCUUUCAAGCAUUUGCCAUCUGCCUUAGCAGCUUUGACACAAAGAUAGCUUGUGAAUAACGCGGAGAGCCCUGUGUUGAAAGUAUGAAUAAUUGCAUGAUUUUCAGUAAUUUAAUUUCUUUUUUUUGUUUUUACCCCCUAUAUUCUUUGCUUUUCCUCUUUUUACGGUUUAGGAAUGAAAUAUGUUUGUGAACAUUCCAAACAUGAUUGAGUCCGAAUGUUAGUCUCCUUGAUGUACAGCUGUUUGGUUAUUCAAGUGUGUCACAGUUCUUCAUGAUGAACGAUAUGAGAAUCGAACUCAUUGGUUCUGCAAUGAGAUAGUUCAACUAACUGUUGUCAACAUCGUAUUGUUGUUCGUUCUCAACUCGGGUUCUUUCUAUUAUUCACUUUUUUAGAACCCGUCAGGGGUGGGAGAGGCAGAUCUAGAUAUGCAAGUCGAGCAACAAUCACGCCAACAAUCAUGAUGAUCUUCCAUGUCUCACAAGAUUAUCUUAUUCUAUAGCACAACAGUCAUGGCUUCUGCGUUAAAAAUGGCGGCUGGAUUAACUUUAAUGACCACGAAGUAGAAGAAGCCAAGAAACCCAAACCGGUAAUCCGAGAGUACUGCCUCUCCAUGAAUGCUAAAUGUCACAAAGCACAGACCCAAGCAGAAGCAAACUCCAGAAACAUCUCAGGUGACCGAACUCCAUUUCUGGUACACCAUGUUUUGUUCCAAUGAUACAACUACCUUUCGCUUUCUCGGACUUCCAUUUAUCGGCAGCAGAUGGAGGGCAGUCAUUGCAACAUAUAAACUCAAAAUAGCAAAUGCAGAACAAUCACAACAGAUCCAAAUUAUACGGUUCACAUUGUACAACAAACCGUUUUAAGAUUGGAUGCAUCAACAAGCACUUUUACUGCUAGAACCAGAACACCCACAAAGCACCCAGGAACAUCAAUCAAGAACAUAAAAACAGUAGAGAUAUCAAAAGGAAAUGCAUCUUCAAUAUAGACUCUAACGAGUGCAAACUACCUAAAUGUCACAAAAGAAACACUAAGAGUUAAACAAGUCUUUUAAGUAGAACAAACACCACUAACGUAUCAGAAACUGAAAGCACCACUCUCAGAUAGUAAGCACACCUUCCAAAAUGUUGAUUGAUGAGGAAAUUUUACAUGUCGGAGAUACUCUCGAUAACAAUAAUAUCUUCUCCAAAUGAAUCACAAUCUAUCUUGCGAUUAUGAGGAUAAAUAGCUCGGCGUAUGUCAACUCUUUCCAUCCUUAAAGCAUGCAUUACUAGAAACUUUUAACAUGUCCUUCUCAGAAGUAUGGUCUUCAAAACCUGUCAUAUGAAACUACUGUAAGACUAGAUGACAAGCAUUUGGGGAUAGUAGUAGGAUCCUC